GUACUAAACUACACUACACUACUAUAUUUAACACCUUUCUUAAUGCCUUCAAAAAGAUUAGAGCAUUUCUGUUGCUUCAUUGACAAGUGAACCCCCCUUUUCCAUUAAUUUCCACUCUCUCUCUCUCUCUCUCUCUCUCUCUCUCUAGAGCUACUUUUCUCUCCUUGUGUUUUGAUCAUUCAUACAAUACAAUGAAGGGGUGGGGCAAAAUGGGAGUAAAGUUUGUUCUUUUCAAGAUGCUUGUGCUCAUCAUAGUGAUAAUGGUUAUGGGAAAUGAGGGUAAUUUGGUAACUGCAACAAAUCAUGUUGGGACAACAUGGGCAGGUUCAAAGUAUGAGAUUGAAUGUACAAUGUGUGCAGCUUGUGACAACCCCUGUGCCACCCCAUCUCCGCCACCUCCUCCCCCGCCAUCUUCCUCUAACAAUUGUCCUCCGCCACCCUCUCCUCCUAGCUCCGGUGGUGGUGGUGGAAGUUACUAUUAUUCACCACCACCACCCUCCUCCUCCUCCUCUAGUGGUGGUGGUGGUGGUGGUGGUGGGGGCAAUUCCUAUUACUCACCACCUCCACCUGGUGGUGUAAUUGGUGGUUACUACCCUCCACCCUACCAAAAUUACCCUUCUGGCCCUGUUCCUCCACCUCCUAAUCCUAUUGUUCCCUAUUUCCCCUUCUACUUCUAUAAUCCUCCACCACCUUCACAAUCUGCUGCUUUUAAGCUCACUCAUUAUUAUUCUUCUUUUUUCACCACUAUGUUCAUUUUCUUCUUCAUUUUCCUUUGAGAAUUUUCCAAGGAAAAAUGUAUAAAUAAAGUGUCGGAAUCACAGAUCUACAAACUUGCAGAGGUGAGAGCAACAUGGAUUUAUCCUUGGAUUAUUAACAAGCUGAAGAAUUAAUGGUGAAUUCAUGAAUAGCUGAAGUGAAGUUCUCUUCUUGCUCUCAUCCUGUGGAGUAAUUAAUCUGUAAAUUCUUUGACCAUUGUUCUAAUUAUGCUUCGCAAAUUUUAGCUUCUUAAUUUUUCUAAUUCGUAUAGAAUGUAAGAAAAUUACUUUAGUCAAUUUUGCAAGAAUUAUAAAGUCAACUUCUAACUAAUAGUCUAAUAGCUGUUGUGCUUCUAGACUUUCCAAUUCAGUUCA